CAAUAAGUAUCAACUCAUGAUUCUUCAAGAUGAAGAGGAAACACAAGUCCAAGGAAUUAUGUAUGGCAGCGAUAUAAAGAGUUAUGCUGAAUUGUUUCUUCCAUACCAUACCUAUUUGAUAUCAGUUGCAAGUGUUACCGAAUCAAACCAUGCAUAUGGAAUUCCAAUCAACACUUUCCUUUGGACAAUUGACAAAGGCACUCUCAUUGAACCAAUAGAAGAAGUUGAGCCACCAGAAGAUUCACUGCCACCACCAACACGGCUUACUGUUACAAUGUUCGACAGCUUCCAUCACCAACCCGAAGGAUUAGAAUUUGAUGUCCUUGCCAUUGUGGUUAACGUCGCCUUGCCAACAUGUGCAGCUAAUGGAUCAAGAAUUCAAGAAUUGAUUAUAAUGGAUAAUCAGAAGAAACCCAAAAAGCUUACACUUUGGGAAAGCUUCAUUGAUCAUGUUGGAAUAUAUAUUGCGGAACAACUUAAUCAAUAUCCAAUUAUCCUGGCCAGAAAAAUUGCAAAAUCAAAAUCAUAUGCAGGAUUAACAAGCAGGUUUGCCACAACAAUUCAAAUCAAUCCUCCAUACCCACAGGUUGCUGCACUCAGAAAAUGGGCCACAUCAAAUGAACAAUUGCUAAUCGCAUACACCAAAAAGAGUAUAACUUCAACGGGUUCUCUUCAGCUUAUUCCUUUUGAAGAUGAGAUCAUAUCAAUUGCCGAUGCACAUCAACAUCUUCCGGGCCAAAUAGUUUGCAUACAAGCUGAAUUUUCGCUAUUGGAUGAAAAUCAACAAUUCUAUAUUUUAGCCUGUUCAACAUGCAAACAAAUCUUUACUAGGCUUCGUUCACAGAGGAGAUUCUAUUGUGCAACUUGUCGCCGUUCCGCAAAUCUUAUUUCAAGGUAUAACAAUCACUAAGAUAUCUUUAACAAAACUUCAAGCAGUGCAUGUUCAAUAAAAAAACAUUUUUUCCCUCUUACUAUCCACAUUUAUUAU